ACGGUCGCGCCUCUCGACGCUCUGAACGGACGAACGUUUCAGUGAAAACACGCUUAUCACUAUCGUGUUUAAUAACAAACUUGUAGUCUUCAUUCAAUGUAGUAAAAUUAUUUUUCAAACUGAACUAUAUUACGAAAUAGUUAAGUGAACUUCGGACGUUUCAGCAGAUGUGGACUGUUUAUGUGAAAAUUUUGAUUACGUUAUCCCGGACUGUGAAUUAUCGAACUGUGGACUGAGAUCAUUUCAUCAUGAGCAUUAGCACGUUAAGGAUUAUUUGUUUAAAUUGAUGCCGAAAUAGACUUUAUAAAUUGAUGGAUACUUCACUUCCGCCAAGGGGACGCUACAUACGAAAGCCGACGGAAAAAACAUGACACUGAGCCUACCGUGUCUUGUUUUCUUUCUUCCUUGAUAUUUGAUUUAACCCAUAAUGGCUCUUCAGCAAACAUCUUCAAAAAAACAACUCCUCGGGCAAAUCUUAUUUUGGUUCGUUGUUGGACUUAACGUCGCCGAUCAGAGCUCAUUGCCACUGAAAUAUGAAGCUCCGGAUGACUGUCAGUGGUGGCUUAGAGGUCCUAAUGAUGCUCACGAAGUUUCGCUAAUGUGUAAACUUCGAACUAUAAACAGUGAGUUUGACACAACAAACUUCAGUGUCAUCCCUUCAGAACACACAACGUCUCUGAGGAUAGAGUGCAAUGAGGAAAUGAUGUACAAGAGCUCAUUAGAUGACCGUAGUUUCGCGCAUUUGGUGAAACUGCGUGAACUUGUUUUGGAUAACUGUAAAAUUGGAAGAUGGCCGCCCGGCGUUCUAUCCGGUCUAAGAGAUCUUCGAAAUUUAACGAUCCGAACGAAAAACACAGAGUGGGCUGCUAUGAGCUUAGAGAUAGCAUCGGAGAGCUUUACGGCUGUUCGGCAAUUGGAAAAGUUAGACCUCAGUUUUAACAACAUCUGGUCGUUUCCCGAAAACUUGUUUUGCCCUCUAACUAAUUUAGUUUACUUGAACGUAUCUUCCAACCGACUGCAAGAUGUAAGUGAUUUGGGAUUCAGAGAGAGGGCAAUGCAUCAAGCUCUAAUUAGUGAACAAGACGGGCCGGCUCCUUCGGUUAGAACCACGUCACAUUCAACGUGCUUACUAGAUAUAGAAGUCUUAGAUGCAUCAAACAAUCAUUUCGUAUUAAUGCCUGAGAAUGGCUUCAUGGCACUUAGAAGAUUAAAGGAACUACACAUUCAUGACAAUGAAAUUUCAAUGGUGGCUGACAAAGCUCUUUCUGGAUUAAAACAGUUAUCGAUAAUCGACCUAUCAAAUAAUAAAAUCGUCGCUCUUCCACAAGAUUUGUUUAAAGAUUGUAGACCAGUGAUUAAGGAAAUUUAUUUACAAAACAAUUCUAUUAGUGUGCUUUCACCGAGUCUUUUCGCUAACUUAGAUCAGUUAUUAGCAUUGGACUUAUCAAACAAUCAUUUAACGAGCACUUGGAUCAAUGAAAAUACAUUCACUGGACUUAUAAGAAUGGUAUUGUUAAAUUUAUCUAACAAUCGACUGACCAAACUAGAUCCGAAGAUUUUCAAAGACCUGUAUACUCUGCAGAUAUUGAACGUACAGCACAAUAUGUUAGAAAGUAUCGCUGCUGAUACUUUCGCUCCAAUGAAUAAUCUUCACACUUUGAUUUUGUCUUAUAAUAAAAUAUCUCACAUCGACGCUUACGCCUUGAAUGGACUGUACGUAUUGUCUUUGCUAUCUAUAGACAACAAUCACCUGGAGGAUCUUCAUCCUGAAGCUUUUAGAAAUACAUCUUCCUUGCAAGAUUUGAAUUUAAAUGGAAAUCGUUUAAAGAAAGUACCUAUUGCUUUAAGAAAUAUGCGACUACUGAGGACUCUUGAUCUUGGAGAAAAUCAGAUAACGUCAUUGGAAGAACCCGGCUUUGUGGGUUUGCACAACGUGUAUGGCCUACGUCUUAUUGGAAAUAAAAUAGAAAAUAUAAGCAAAGACGUCUUUUCUGAUUUGCCAUCUCUACAAAUUUUAAAUCUAGCACGAAAUAAACUUAAACAGAUUGAUAUGAACGCAUUUGAGACAUUAAAUAAUUUACAAGCCAUAAGAUUGGACGCUAACCAACUCACGAAUAUCCAAGGCCUGUUUGUAAAUAUACCGUCUCUGUUGUGGUUGAACGUGUCAGAUAACCAAAUAGAAUGGUUUGAUUACGCCGUUAUUCCCGCGGGACUUCAAUGGUUAGAUCUCCAUAGCAACAACAUCAAAGAAUUAGGAAAUAACUAUCGCUUAGAUAAAGAACUUCGUCUCCAAACAUUAGACGCUAGUUUCAACAAAAUGACAAAAAUAUCUACAUUUUCAAUUCCCAGUAGUGUCGAGCUUCUGUUCCUGAAUGAUAAUCAAAUUACACAAGUUGAAGCACAAACUUUUGUUGGAAAAACCAAUUUAACGAGAGUCGAUUUGUAUGCAAAUCAGAUAACUAGCAUGGAUCUCAAUGCGCUUAUUCUGACUCCGGUCGAUCCAGGGCGACCCCUACCCGAAUUUUAUAUUGGCGGAAAUCCGUUUCAGUGCGACUGUACUAUGGAGUGGCUACAACGUAUCAAUAAACUUGAUCACCUCCGGCAACAUCCCCGUGUGAUGGACUUAGAAAGCAUUUACUGCAAGUUAUUAUAUAAUCGUGAAAGGACCUAUAUUCCAUUAAUAGAGGCGGAAUCAUCUCAAUUUUUGUGUACUUAUAAAACUCACUGUUUUACUUUGUGUCAUUGUUGUGAUUUUGACGCUUGUGAUUGUGAAAUGACGUGUCCAUCAAAUUGCACGUGUUAUCAUGACCAACCGUGGUCAGCAAAUAUUGUGGACUGUUCGGCUGCCGGGUAUUCUGAAAUACCUAAUACUAUACCUAUGGACGCUACUGAACUAUAUUUAGACGGUAAUAAUUUUGGUGGAUUAACAAGUCACGCCUUUAUUGGACGUAAAAACCUAAAAAUAUUGUAUGCGAAUAAUUCUAAUAUAGACGCUCUCUACAAUAAUACAUUUAGUGGACUAAAACGCUUAACAGUAUUGCAUUUAGAAAAGAACAAUAUAAAAGAGUUGCUCGGUUUUGAAUUGUCGCCUCUGGAAAGUUUACGCGAGUUACAUCUACAAGACAAUAAAAUACACUACAUCGAUAAUCGUACUUUCAUAGAGUUGAGGCAUUUAGAGGUGCUACGUUUGGAAGGGAAUAACAUUUACGGCUUUGCUGUGUGGCAAUUCACGAUGAACCCAUAUUUGGUAGAGAUAAGUCUCUCUCGCAACCCGUGGUCGUGCGAUUGUCAAUACAUGCACAAAUUUCGAAAUUGGUUCAAAAACAACAUAGGAAAAGUGGAAGAUGCUGACAAGAUCACUUGCAUAUUUGACAAUAUUACAAAUGCCGUAGGACCUCUCAUGUCCGAUUUUAACUCAACGAUAUGCACUAGCCAUGUAGGUGGAAGCUCUUCCAUCAUAGAAAAUCAAGUUAUAAAUGAUUACCUACCAUUAUUGUUGAUAUCCCUCUGUGUAUUUGUUAUAAGUUCUGCCCUAAUAUGCGGAGUAUUCUAUUGGCGACGUGAGCUCCGUGUUUGGAUUUACUAUCAUUGUGGAUUUCGUAUGUGUUACAAAAGUACAGCUUUUGACGACGAAGCAGACAAAGAUCGCCUCUUUGACGCCUACAUAAGCUACAGUGUGAAAGAUGAGGCAUUCGUCGCUCAAAUGUUAGCGCCCGGCCUAGAAUCCACGGAUCCUAGUUUCCGCCUAUGCCUGCACUAUCGAGAUUUUAACGCUUCGGCAUACGUCGCAGAUACAAUAAUAGAGGCAGUAGAAUCAUCAAAAAGAACGAUCAUAGUGCUAUCUAAGAAUUUCAUCAACAACGAAUGGUGUCGUUUCGAAUUCAAGACGGCACUACACGAGGUACUGAAAGAGAGACGUAGAAGACUGAUAAUAAUAUUGUUAGGCGAGAUGCCGAAUAGAGACAUCGAUCCGGAGCUGCGGUUGUGUUUGAAAGCUAACACGUGUAUAGAAUGGGGAGAUAGACAAUUUUGGCAAAAAUUGAGGUUCGCGAUGCCGGACUUGAGGAAGUGUCAGUAUCACCGUUCGACUGUGAAUAUUUACGCGUCGGUGUCGCCGGUGGGGGCCGGGCGGGCGCCGGCGCCGCCCCCGCCGCCGCCGCCGGGCAAACUCCCUCCUCUGUUGGGCGACGGGCUGGCCCUCUCGGCCGGCAUGCACGCACGCGAUCCGCACCCGCACCGAUUGCCGCCGCACGCGCAGCUCUGGGCGUAGCGUAUGCUCCAACGCAGGUAAACUUUGCUCUUACUCGCAACGCUUAAGCGUAUUAGUCCAACACAAAGUGAUAAUUGUUUGUAAGUUGUUCCAUAUUAUAUUUAUUGUGUAAUUUUAAGAUAUUUACAUCUAAUUUGCAUUUUAUUUGUAUACUUAAGACGCUAGUUUUGUUUAAGUUGAAACGGAUUAUUUUCCUGAUUUCUGCGAUAUUAGUACGGUUUAGUAGAUAGUUAACUGAUACGAUAAUGUAAAUAUUUAUUGUACAAAACACUCCGAUCGCUUAAAUUAUUAUAAUACCAAAGUUUAAAACUUAUUAUGUACAGAUGCAUUUAUAUUAAUUUGUUAAACAAGACAUUGUCACAAAAAGACUGUAAAUAAAUACC